CCAAUUUAAAUAAAAUUCAAAGUGCAAUGUCCGACCAUAGCAGUUCUGUGUUUAACAAUUCUUGUUUAAAAUUGCCCAGAAACCCCAAAAGCCAUCGUCCUUUGCCUGUGUACGAGCAAAAGUAUUUGAACCAAUUACAAAACGAAGCUACAAAGUUGAAUUUAGAAUCGUCCAAUGAAAUCAGCAUGAAAGCCAGAUCUUCAAGAGAUAAAGAUCCCGUUAAAUCUUUUAUCGAAUUCUUCGAUAGUAUCCCAGAGUAUGAUGAAUUGAAUCAUUUAUCAAGUAAAGAAUUUUACAAAAAAAUUGAAUUGUUAAAAGAAAAACAAAAAACGUACACUGAUUAUGUGCAAAGUGAAAAUAAUGUUGUUGAUGAAAAUCCGGAAUGGUUGGAAGAAUACAAAAAUUACGCAAAAAAGAAAUUUGAUGAUAAAAAAAAGAAAACGAAACCUUUUUGUGUGACGCCAAUUCUUAGUAAGAGUCCCAAAUAUUCUAAAUCUGCCGAAGACCUGGAGUCUGUCAUUUUUUCCGAUAAAGAUUUAUCGCUAAAGCCACCUUCAAGAAGAUCGGUUCGAAUUGAAACUCCCAGUGAUAAGUUAUCACCAGGAGAUACCCCAAUUGAACUUUACAAAAGACCCAAAUCGCGUCUUCCUUCGGUUAGUUCAAAAGGUCAAGACGACUGGGACAACUUUAGUAUUGAUGAUUAUAAAUUAGACUUGGAAAAUCGAUCUCCUAAACAGUCAAAAAGUGCCCCUAAUAGUCCCGCUAGAGCCAAGUCAAAUGUAGGCUGGAAAGAUGAUGGGAUUACCAUUCCUAAACCCUUUGAAAUGACCGUCAGAGAUGAAGAGAAUAAAAUCGUUGAAGAACUGAUGACUAAAACAAAACCCAAAGAAGAAAAACCAGAAUUGUUCAAAGCCCAUCCUGUACCAAUUGAAUCACAGAUACCACUUUUUGAUAAAAUUAUGGCUGAUCAAGAGAGAAAAAACAAAAUUGUUAGAGAACGCAGUAAAGCCCUUUUACAAGCUCAAAUGCGGCCAUUUUCUUUUACACGCAGAGACGAAGAAAUUCAAAAUCUAACAAAAGGUCUCUCCAAGUCAUCUCCAAGCCUUUUUCUUGAUGAUCCUCCCAUCAAAGUCAAGAAGUUUAAAGCAAAACCGAUCCCAAAAAAUCUCUUCAGUAAUUACAUUUACAAAAAGAUGCACGAGGAUGAGUUUUACAGAGCUUUACAGAAAAAAAUUCGAGCUGAAGAGAUGCUUCGUGCUGCUUCCUUACCGCCUUCGAUGGCCAAAAGGGAAAGAACUAGUCACAAGUACGAUGUUUGUCCACGCUCAUACCGAGACGUUGCAGAAAUUAAACCAACAAAACCAAAAAAGAACAAAGGUUACAAGUGCGGUUCCGAUUUCGAAAAAGAGUUGGAAGAGUUGAAAAAUGAGUUUUUGGAUAUUAGCCCAAAACUAAAAUUUAAAAGAAAUAGCAAAAAACAAAACAAAGGUUGCAGAAAUUUCUCUGCUAGUAGUUGCGAUAGUCGCACUCCUUCAUCGUUAUCUUCCAUUAACCGUUCGAAUUUGGCCGCUGUUUUGAGAAUACAGUCAGCUCGCAAACGUCUUGAAAUGGACAUGUGUCGAAAACUUGAAGAAGCAAAACUCAAAGAAGAAGCUCGUUGGAGGGAAAAACUGAUGCGGAAAAAACCAGUUUGGCAAACUCUAGCUUACAGUCAUGAGGAAGACCUCGCAAUGAGAUUACAGUUGCGUCGAGAUGAAGAAAAAUUACGAAGUGAAGAACACAAGUUGAGAAUGCAGUUGAUGUUGGGGAGGGUUAAUCAGCAACCAACACUGUUCGAGCGUCAAUCUCAAGUUAAAUAUCCUAGAACCAAAGAUGAAUUAUUAGAUAAACUAUACACUGAAUACAAAUCUAGAAAAAAAUCCAAACGAAGCAUCAGCGAUUUGUCCGAUAUGCGAACUUUGGCAGAAGUCAAAGAUGCGGCAAUCCAGGAUUUACUCGACGACGACUUAAAACAAGAUUUAGAUUCAUUGAAUUCAAAAGAAAGCAUUCAGGAAGAAAAAGAAAAGUGUGACAGCAUCAGCAGCGAAGACAACCAUUCAAAUUAAAUUAAUUUAUUAAUCCCAACACGAAACAAAUAUAACUCAGUCUUAAUUUAA